AUGGCGAGCCAGGCGAGGAGGCGCGCGGCGGAUGCGCUGCUGCGGCGGCCGCAGGCGGGGGCCUGGGCGUCGGCGCGGCGGUUUGCAUUUAAGGCUCUUCUUCAUUCGUCACACAUGUACCAUGAGGCAAAGAGUUCUUUUGCGCACCAUGGUGUGAAGUUUUCCAAUCUGGAAAUAGAUAUGCCUGCCAUGAUGUCGCAGAAAGACAAGGCUGUUGCUGGUCUUACAAAAGGUAUUGAAGGCCUGUUCAAGAAGAACGCUGUUGAAUACGUGAGAGGAAUUGGGAAGCUUGUCUCCCCUUCUGAGGUAGCCGUGAACUUGCUUGAUGGCGGGUGCACUACCGUCAAAGGAAAGAACAUAAUCAUUGCUACUGGUUCAGAUGUGAAAUCGCUCCCUGGAGUUCUUAUAGACGAGAAAAAGAUUGUAUCAUCUACUGGUGCUCUUGCUCUUAAAGAAAUACCAAAGAAGUUGGUGGUUAUUGGAGCUGGAUACAUAGGUUUAGAGAUGGGCUCUGUCUGGAACAGGCUAGGGUCUGAGGUUACUGUUGUGGAAUUUGCUCCUGACAUUGUCCCAUCAAUGGAUGGAGAGAUUCGGAAGCAGUUCCAGCGUAUGUUGGAGAAGCAAAAAAUGAAGUUCAUGCUCAAGACUAAGGUAGUUGGGGUUGAUACUUCUGGGAGUGGUGUCAAGUUAACUGUGGAGCCUGCUGCUGGUGGAGAGCAGAGUGUGCUUGACGCAGAUAUUGUCCUGGGUGGAAGAAUCCUUGUCGACAAGCGCUUUAUGACAAAUGUUAAUGGGGUCUAUGCGAUUGGUGAUGUGAUACCUGGACCCAUGCUUGCACACAAAGCUGAAGAAGAUGGGGUUGCAUGCGUCGAGUUCAUCGCGGGGAAGGAAGGCCAUGCAGAUUAUGAUACUGUGCCCGGCGUGGUGUACACGCACCCUGAGGUGGCCUCUGUUGGCAAGACAGAGGAACAGGUGAAGGAAUCAGGCAUUGCCUACCAGGUUGGAAAGUUCCCUCUAUUGGCAAACAGCCGCGCAAAGGCGAUUGAUGAUGCUGAAGGGUUGGUGAAGGUGGUAGCUGAGAAGGAAACCGACAGAGUUCUCGGCGUACACAUCAUGGCCCCUAAUGCCGGUGAGAUCAUCCAUGAGGCCGUGCUUGCACUUCAGUAUGGAGCAUCAAGUGAGGACAUAGCCCGCACAUGUCAUGCUCAUCCGACAGUUAGUGAGGCCCUGAAGGAAGCCUGCCUUGACACCUACACAAAGGCAAUCCAUAUGUGA